AUUAAUCUGAUUUGCUUGAAGAAGACGAAUAACGGUGAUGUACAGAGAGAGUUUGCUCUUUUUAAUUCCAGGUGUCACUUAGUUAUUUGCUUUCUUUUCAAAUCGCAUUUGAGGCUCACACUCUUUAAUUUUGUGAGAGAUUGUCACGGGAGUGUUUAAUAGACACAAUUAGAAUAUAGAUAAGGGGUUUAAUAGGUUAUGCCCUUAGUUGAGUUGCCUAAAUGAAAAAUAUUUGACAAGUUCAGGAGGCCGUAUAUGUAUUAGGCCUUUCUGGUAUAAUAUGCAAUUUCUGGGAAACCCGCAAACACACACAAUGCAAAAGACAAGUCAACAAAUUAUAAAUAGUCGCUUUCUGCUUUGAACACGCUGUUUAUCUAUUAUUUUGAAAAUUUUCUAGUAAAAUUUGCUCUGAUAAUCUUGAUUAUUGAUAAAAUUUAGUUACUGCUCAUGGAUGGUGUAACUUUACUUUUCCUUCUCAUUCUUGUAGUUAUUUUAGAUGGAUUUUCCUGUGCGCAAACUAGUUCUAUUUAUUCAGGCAUUCAUUGCAUUGAGAGUGAAAAAAAUGCUCUUAUCAAGUUCAGGCAAGGUUUCAAGAAUCCAUCACGGAGCAUGUUGUCUUGGAUGCUCGAGGAGAACUGCUGCAGGUGGGAAGGUGUUGAAUGCGACAAUUCAACCGGGCACGUGAUAACUCUUGAUCUGCAUAAACAGUUCUUGAAAGGUGAGUUCGGGAAUUCUUUGCUUGGCUUGCCUCAUUUAAGUCACUUAGAUCUGAGCCAAAAUGAUUUCCUCGGGGCAAAAAUUCCUAAUUUUGUUUCCCGUUUUAAGAACCUAGAGUAUCUCAAUUUGUCAAAAACCAAUUUUAGAGGAACCGUUCCUGAACAUCUUGGGAAUCUGUCACGCUUGCAGUUUCUUGAUCUCAGUGGUGAUUCUUCACUCCAGGCCAAUAACCUUCAAUGGCUUCAGCACCUCUUCUCUAUGAAGAUUCUUGACUUGAGUGAUGUUGACAUGAGCAUAGCGAAAAACUGGCUGCAUGACAUCAAUUUGCUAACUUCUCUCUUAGAAUUACGUAUGUCUGCUUGUCAGCUUGCUACGCUUCCAAAAUCGCUUCCCGCUUUUGUGAAUUUCACAUCCCUUCGAAUUCUUGACCUCUCAUUGAACUAUUUCAAUUCUCCAAUUCCUAGCUGGUUGUUUAAUACCAGCCAGAGUCUUGUUUAUCUUAAUCUCACAAGAAGUAAGCUGGGCGGUUUACUUCCAAAUGCCCUUGGAAACAUGCAUUCACUUAGAAUUCUUGAUCUGUCUGGGAACCCUGUCAACCAUCGACAUUACUUUUCUGAGCCCCCACUAAACUGGUUUACGGGCAAUUUACCACCAGCCCUGCCAUCAAAGCUGGAAUAUUUGGAUGUUUCUAAUAAUCAGUUUACGGGCAAUUUACCACCAGCCCUGCCAUCAAAGCUGGAAUAUUUGGAUGUUUCUAAUAAUCAUCUGGAGGGUCCUUUAGCAAAAAGCAUUGCACAACUUAGGCAAUUAGUUGUCCUCAAAGUUGCUGGGAACUCUUUCAAUGACUCGAUUACAGAACAUUUCUUAAAUUUCAGUGACUUGAGAGUGUUAGACUUGUCAUCUAACUCAUUUAUCCUCAAUGUAAGCGCAACUUGGAUGCCUCGUUUUCAACUUGACUUUCUAAGCCUGCAAUCUUGCCGACUUGGUACACAGUUUCCCCAGUGGAUUCAGACACAAAAGAAGUUGUCAUUUAUUGAUAUCUCUAACGCUAUGAUCUCAGGUGAAGUGCCUGAUUGGUUCUGGAAUGUUUCUGCGAAGGCUUAUCACAUAGACCUUUCGCAAAACAAUUUCAGAGGGGAAGUGCCUGAAUUCACAGAAAGAGUUCAUCUUACUAGAUUGGACCUGAGUGAAAAUAAUUUUCAUGGUCCUUUGCCUCAUUUUUCACCCAAGAUGAUGACCUUGAUUUUGGCAAAGAAUCUCUUUAAUGGUACAAUUGCCCCUGUAUGUGAAUCACUUGUCAUGAAUAAUUCUCUCAGUCUUCUAGACCUAUCUUCAAAUUCUCUAUCAGGUCAACUUUCAGACUGUUGGAGAUAUGGAAAGAAUCUGGAAGGAUUGAAUUUAGCCCAUAAUAACCUAUCCUGGGAGAUACCUCAUUCAAUUGGAGAUCUUGCUAAACUCUUCUUUCUGCAAUUGCAGAACAAUAGUUUCUCCAAAAAUCUGCCUUCAUCAUUGAAGAAGAUAACUGGACUAAAAAUUCUUGAUGUUUCUGAGAAUAGUUUAUCUGGAAAUACACCUCUUUGGUUAGGGGAGAGUUUAAAUACUCUAAUGAUUCUUAAACUAAGCAGAAACAAGUUUGACGGAAAUAUUCCCUGGCAGAUUUGCCAGCUGAAAUACUUGUAUAUGUUGGACCUUAGUUACAACGCUCUAUCAGGAAUUAUUCCAAGGUGUCUUGAAAAUCUCCACACCAUGUCCGGGGUAGAUCAGGCUCCUUCCUUUACUUAUGGACCCUAUGCAGAUUACAGAACUUAUGGCACGUUCGAUACUGGGCGGUCUUUGGUGUGGGAUCUUUCCAUGCCCUUGAAAAUAAUUGAUCUAGCGGAGAACCAUUUAUCAGGGGAAAUUCCCAAGGAAAUCACCAGCCUUUCUGCACUAGUGAGUUUGAAUUUAUCAAGGAAUAAUUUCACAGGAGUAAUUCCACGUGACAUUGGCAACUUACAAAAUUUGGAAUUUCUCGAUCUUUCCAGGAACAAGCUGUCAUGUACCUUUCCUCCCAGUAUCGCAGAACUUCCCAAUCUUGCGCUUGCGAAUUUUUCUUUCAAUGAUUUGACAGGAAAAAUUCCAUUUGGAAGUCAAUUCGCUACCUUCAAGAAUAAUUCUUAUGUUGGGAAUCCAAACUUGUGCGGAUGGCCACUCUCACGAGUCUGCUCGGAUCAUUUACUUGAGGACAUGAAUCACUGUAAUAAUGAGCAGGAGGGGCAGGCCGUUCAACACGGAGAAAACAACAACUGGCUCGAGGAAUUUUCGUUCUACAUUAGCAUGGGAAUUGGAUUCAAUUCAGGUUUCUGGGUAUUUUGGGCUACUCUAAUGUUGAAAAAGUCUUGGAGAUAUGCCUAUAUGAGGUGCCUGGAUAACAUGGGCAACAAGAUUUAUGUGUUUGCUGCCAUCAGAUUGAAAAAUAACAAGCAGCAAGAAGGGUGAGCAAGAGAAAACAUCAUAAGAUUGAAGUUUGUCCAGAGCGAGCUACUCCUUUUACCUUUCUGUAUCUUUUCUUAUAUUUGGUUUUGUAAAAUCUUCUUACUUAUUAUGUUUGUGUGUAUGCUUAGUUGCAUAUUUUCCUUUACUUUCUUCAUUUUCUUUUAUAAUAUUUCGGCUUGUGCAAUGAAAGUAGCUUGACACUUUCAGUUUUAAUGAAUCAAAUAA